AAAAAAGUUAAUCAUAACCAGCUUGAAUUACUAAACUGAGUCCACCAUGUAGUCUGGACAUAUGUCCAUACCAGGGAGACCAAAUGGGAACCUUCCUGCAACUGCUGACCCGUGGCAAUGCUCUGUUGCUCAUCAUUAUUUUGGGAAUUGGAGGAACCUUUCAACAUGGCUACCACUUGACUGGUUUAAGUUCUCCCUCCCCGUACAUACAGCGUUUCAUCAACAGCAGCUGGUACGACAAAUAUGGCGAGCCUCCACCUGCACAGACCGUCACGAUGAUCUGGUCUCUCAUUGUGUCCCUAUUUGCUGUCGGGGGACUCUUUGGUGCUGUCAGUGUCAAAUUGAUCUCAGGCAGGCUGGGAAGAAAAAAGGCGGUGAUCUUGAACAACUUUAUUGCCAUUGUUGCGGGAGGGAUCAUGUUGACAAGUAAAAUGGCCAAUUCUUAUGAGAUGGUCAUCGUAGCAAGGAUCCUGCAUGGCUACUCAGCAGGUUUGGGAUUGAGUAUCCAUGUGAUGUACCUCGGAGAGAUUUCACCCAGAAAGAUAAGAGGCAUAGUGACUUUCACCGCAGGGACCUUUUUGUCCCUCGGCAAACUGUCUGGGCAGUUCUUUGGAUUAAGCGAGAUCCUCGGUCGUGAAGAGCUGUGGAACAUCGUUCUCUGUGUCCCUUCAUUUUUCUCACUGGUUACUGUCAUAGUCUUGCCUUUUCUUCCUGAGGCUCCCAGAUACCUACUCAUAGAGAAAGGUGACGAUAAGGCCUGCAAAAAAGCCCUCCAGAGUCUGUGGGGCCAGGGCGACUACAAGGAAGAGAUGGAUGAGAUGUUGGCUGAGCAGUCAGCCAUGAAAGCAGCACCACCAAAAAGCCCCCUGCAGCUGCUGGGGGACAGGUCUGUCCGAUGGCAGCUCAUCUCCAUAUCCCUCAUCUUAUAUUGCAACCAGCUGUCAGGCACUUCUGCAAUCAACAUCUUUUCUUUUGACAUCUUCAUGGAGGCGGGCAUUCCAAGAGACAUGAUCCGUUACAUCACUCUUGGUAUUGGAGUAUCUGAAACCAUCACCUUAAUCUCCUGUGGUCUGAUGAUUGAGCGUACAGGGAGGAAGCCAUUGUUGUGGGGGGGAUAUGGUGUCAUGUGUGUCUGUUGGUUGUUGGUAACUGUCACGAUGAACCUGAAGGAUUCCAACUAUUGGGCUCCUUACCUUACUGCUGCUUUGAUCAUCAUCUUCAUCAUCUUCUUUUGUGGAGGGCCUGGGGGAGUGAUAUCUACUCUCAACACUGAGUUAUUCAUCCAGUCCAAUCGAGUGGCAGCGCUCGUCCUCACAGGAAUCCAACGUUGGUUGAUGUUCGUUGUUGUGGGUCUAGUCUUUCCAUUCCUUAUUACUGCCCUCGGCUCAUACUCCUUCGUGCUGUUCGGCUGUAUGUGCCUGCUGGGUUUUCUGUACACCUUCUUCGUCCUGCCGGAGACAAAAGGGAAGACGAUCUUUGAGAUCUCUGAGGAAUUCAAAGCCAUCACUGUCUGUGGAAAAUCCUUUGCAGAGAACAAGAUUGUGGAGACCAAGUUGUAAGGCCAACCAGAUACAGUAGCUUUACAAACUGUUGUAUGGAAUGAACUGAAGGGACAAUAUUUGGGAUUUGUUAAAGUGAUUUUAUUGGUGUCAACCAAUAAAAACCUCAUCAUAACAUGGAGAAAACUAUACACCCCAAUAGAUUGAUCUAGAAGCAAUGCCUGAGUCAGUCAACUCAGUAAACGAUAAUGAGCCAUAAGUGUUUUACGCUUUGUGACUGUAUGAUUUUUAAUGCAUCUCUAUUACACAGCAGAAUAGUUUUCUGUUUUCAGGAGGAUUUUUUUUUUUGGGAUCAUUCCACACCGGAAACCCCAACUUUAACACCUAGCAUAGCAAAUAACUGCUGAAAUAAACAUUUAUAACUUUUUAAAGAUAAUAUUCUAUGAUGAUAAUGAAGCAUUUCAAAUGCCUAGAUGUGAUUUUCUUCAUUUAUGAUGUUAAUGAUAAAAUGAUAUGCCUCUGACUUCAGAGGGUUGGUAAAGUAUGACCUUUUGAUUUUUACAGUUUACUUUUAUUAAAACAAGCCCCAAAAAUCUCA